AUGGAAUCACAAAAACAAAAACUAGGAUAUAAUGUAGAGGAGAAGAGAAGAACAGUAGAGGAAGAGGUAAGAAGGAAGGAGGAGGAGGAAGAGGAAAGGCGGAAAUUCGAAGAAGAGUUAAUACUUAGGCAAAAGAAGAAUAAAAAAGUGAACAGGAGUAGGGACCUGGUAACACAACAAUCAACCAUAAUAGAAGAAGGAAAGAAAGAAGAAGAAGGAGAAGAAAAAGAGGACACGUCCACCACAGACACCAGCGAGGGGGACAUACUGAGAAAAAUCAUGUUUGAGGAGGUGAAAGGGAGAAAAAGCAAAAAAAAGGGUAAGGGAAGAAACAGAGGGAAAUUCGAGGAAUGGGCCAGUCUGGCAAAAGAGGAAUGGGAGGAAGAAGUAUACUCUAAGACAGUAUGGCACGAGAGUAGCGUAAUAGAAGCGCUGAAACGGAGGGAAACGUGCGUAAUUCUAGGAAAACUGGGCAACAACGGAGAAACGGCGGACAUAAUAAGAAAAACGAAAGAAGAAAUCUGGACGGUAUGGGAAGAACUGGGUAAGGGGGAGUGGGAAUCCAUCGAAAAUAAAAUCAAAACGAAAAAAAAUGAAAUAAGAUGGUACAACCAUAUUGCAAAGGUAAGCGACGAAGAAGAGGGGAGGUUGGAAACAUUUAAUAUCUGUCAACAAAUAUCGGAGGAAAUAAACAGUGGGGCCGAAAAGGAAGUGGCUAUAGUGAUAGGGGAGGGAUUGGAUAAAAUACUGAUCAGAAAAAUAAUAGAAUUCGUAAACAGUAAGAAAGAAAUCAAAUACAAAAUUAUAUCUAAAAUUGGGGAAAAGGAGAAAGAAAAGGAGAAAAGGGCAAAACUGACAGCUCGCGUCAGCGGAGAAGAGGGAGGAAUAUCUCGUCGGAGACAGAGGUCUCACGACAGAAAAAGAAAGGUAGUUGAUGAGGAAUGCACGUCGUCUUCUGGCGAAGACGACAAUAAAAUAUUUGAUGAGGAGAAAAAAACGGUCGAGGAUGACCUCGCCCGGGAGCUCUUCGAGCAGGAGCUAAUCCAAAAACAUAAAGAAAUGGUUAACAAAUCCUUCGCAUCUGUCAGAAAAUCGACCAUGAUGGAGGAGGAAGUUGAAGAGGAGAAGGAGUCAAGUGACGAGUUUGACUUCAGAAAGACUGACCUAUUCUCGAUCCUACUAGGUAUCGAGAAAAAGGUCACCACACCCUAUUGGUGCCAAAGCACCAAUAAAGAAGAAAAAAAAGCCAAAAAAAAUCCUGGAGGGAGGAAUUCUCCAGGAACGAAGAAACAGCCCCAGAGGCUAUUAAACGAAAGCUCAGCGAGGUCGAACAGAUCCUCGCGAGCCUUAAUAUUGAAAACGAAGAUAUUAAAAGGAGGAUGGGGGAAAUGA